AAUCUAAGCAUCUCACUCGCGACGUUAUAUCAAAAAGAACAACAACAAACAACGACGAACAUAAAAUAAAAUUACAGAAAGAAAAAAUGUAGUUGUAAACAACGCACGGAAAGGAUCUUAUAGAGAACACAAACCAGUUGCAGUCAUUCAUCGGAAAUCUCCAAAUAAUUGCCUUAAUAUAAUUUUUUUGAUAAAUAGUUUAUACGACGAGGACGGGAAAGAGUCUACAACUGAUCCAGCCUAUCCAAGCGACGUUUGUUGGUUUGACACGGAUUUCGGGCGGAAAAUAGUACCCGGUGGCAUACUACAACUACCAGAGCUGCUGCUUAGAAAAAAUAUUUAGUGAAAAAUCCUACGCAAAGUUCUGGCUGUGCUAUAUAACCAUAACACACUCGGUAUUUCACGAAUUUGGCGGCUGGCUUCAACGACGACAUCAGAGAUCGCUGAAAAUUCAUAGCUCAUCAUUAUCACAGAGGCAGGAAACUCGCAGUUGAUGGUCGAAUAGUUUGUCGAUUUGAUUCCGCUGUUGCUGGUGUAGCCGUUUGAAUGAUAUUUUAAUGAUUGUCAUUUGAUUUCCGCCUCCACCUUUAUUUGGUUGGUUGGCGAUUACAUCCAUAGCAGUGAGGGGUUGUGCUUUAUUCGAUAAUUACACAAAGCCAAGGUUCUUCACCACCACCAGCUUAGGCAUUGCAGCAUCAUGGUGCGUCGACGUACGCGCGCCUGUGCCAACUCCAAAGCGCCUGUUGAGUUGAUGUCGAAUGGGGGCUCGGCCGCAGCUGUUCUCGCAUCUGCCGCCCAACUACUUGAGGACCAAUACUUUGCCAGUCCCAAGAGAAAAGACUGUAAAGUUGAAGAAUCUGCAGCUGCUGCUGCGGGUGGUGUUGAUGACACGGGUGAUCAUAGCAGCAAUGCCAGUAGUGGUGGUUCCUCUCCCGCUACUGUGCAGGCCGAAGAUGCUGUUGCCUUAAGAACCAAACUGAAAGCCAUCAGCCCCAGUAAAGCAAAAGGUGGCAUUAAUGGCCGUACAAUUGGUGUUCCCCUUGCUACUCGUUCUCAGACGCGCACCAUUGAGAAUUUCUUCAAGGCCAGCGCUGCUGCCAAACAGAAUAAAAUUACCAAUUAUAUGCAGGGUGCUGUUGGUGGAGAUUGUGAUGAUUGGACCAACGCCGCCGAAACACAAAAAAUCAUACAACAGCCGAUGUUGUCUGCUUCUGUUACACCGCCACACAUGAAUAAACUGCAAGAGCACAUUGAACAGCAAAAUCGUCAAAUACACGGUGAUCAUAACUAUCAGCAACCACAUCAACUUCCAAUGGUUAUAAGUCGACGCAGUUUGGAUCAUGUUUUUGUGCCACAAGAGUUCAUAUUUGAUCUCAGUGAGGACACCAAUGAUAGCCAACAAACAGAUAUAUCCGAGGAGGCACCGCUACUGCAUAUAGACUCGGUGCACACUUCUGCCGCUGUAGUCAUAACAAAUGGAUUUGAUUUCACCACACAUCGUUCUUCGCAACGUUCGGAUAGUCAUUCAUCGUCGCACAGUAGUUCGAAUACAAGUGGCACUGAAAACAUAUUCCUGCAAGAGCCUGUAUUGACGCUUAACGUAGACAAGUCUCCCAAUCAGGCGUCAUCGAUAAAGAUAAAUAAAACUCUAGAAGUACUACCGAAAUUCUCUUCACCCAACAAAGCCUCGUCGUUGUUAACAACUCAAAGUCUAGAUAUGCAGCCAAAAUUUCCAUCACCGACAUCUCUAACUGCCGCUGUCCUGCAUCGACGUUUCAAUCAAGUUGUAACGAUGAAUACGUCGCCUUGCAAAACCGACCCGUAUGUCUCGUACGAGAGGAAACAUUUGGAAUUGAAUUGUCAUGAUUACGCUAUGAUGAUGAUGCCAGAAAAUGACAAUAGUUCCUGUGAUAGUGGUGUGGCAUUCCACACAACCGUCACCACCACCACCACACAAUCGAAUGAUACCGCAACAGUGGAAGCAGCAGCCCAUGUAGCUUCCCCUGCAGCUGCAGUGGCAGCAAAUCGCAGGCGCAAACCUGCAACUCCACAUCGCAUAGUCUGUCCAUCACCAAUAAAAGCGCCGGAAAGGGUCAUUUCGCCGGCUAGCUCUCCAUCGCCCCGGAAAAUGGCUUCGGCUCUAUCGCCUCGAAAGUCACAGAGACAUGUAACAACCACAGCAAUGGCCGCAGCCGGUGGUGGUGCGGCCGCUUUUAUGCCAGUUACCAAUAAAACAAGACGAAGACUGAAUGUAUCGCCUCAGAAAGAACAACAAUCUGCCUUAGAAGAUGAUCAAGGAAAUCAUUUGGUUAACGGUCUAGCCAUUGAGCAGGAUGAUGACGCGGUGGUCGUGCUGGUUGACGACGAAGUCGAGGUGGACGACGAUCACGAUAUUGAGUGUGAAAAUAUGACCUCAAAUGCCACAGAUAUGAAAUUUACCCAUCCCUCCCAAAUCAAUGGUGUGACAAAGUCAAUUUUAAACUCUGCCAAACAUCCCACAAAUCAACAAAAUGCCACAAACAACAAGGGCAGGCCGAAGGGUCACCAUAAAACCAAAUACACUGUACAGAGACCACAUCAUGCGGCUCUGAAACAUCAGGCCCCUCAACCUCUGGCGGCCACAAAUGGCAAUCGUGAAGUUCUGCCUGUGCGACGAAGUGUACGAAAGACCAAAACUGCCGUAAAAGAGGAAAUGAUGCGCAACUUGGAACAGGCCAUUCUCGAGGAACGCUGCGAAGGUCUAAAAAUAGCCCUCUUUGAGGGCAAAGGGCGUGGUAUUAUAUCGGAAAGGCGUUUUGAACGCGGCGAAUUUGUCAUCGAAUAUGUGGGCGAUCUCAUAUCCACCACCGAAGCGGCCGAACGUGAGAAACGUUAUGCCCUGGACGAAAAUGCCGGCUGCUACAUGUACUAUUUUAAGCACAAUAAUCAGCAGUAUUGCAUAGAUGCCACAGAGGACACAGGAAAACUGGGACGCCUGGUAAAUCAUUCUCGCAAUGGUAAUUUAAUGACCAAAAUCGUGGUGGUCAAACAGAAACCUCAUUUAGUGUUAAUAGCCAAAGAUGAUAUUGAGGCAGGGGAGGAACUGUGUUACGAUUACGGAGAUCGUUCCAAAGAAUCUUUGUUGCAUCAUCCGUGGUUGGCUUUUUAGGAAAUAAAUACGCAUUGUUACCUACAUUCUUCUUAUUUAGACGCAAGCAGACAGAAACCAACAAAACAA